AUGGUGUACAUUCAGUCCUGGCAGGAAUAUCAAGAUGCAGCCGAAGCUCUGUAUGCAAAAUCUCCUGUGAAUACGCGGUACUGCGUCAAGUGGAAGGCAUCCGAAGGAAAACUCGUGUUAAAAAUAACGGAUAAUACGAGCUGUAUCAAAUUCAAAACGUAUUCCUCCAUAUUCCUCAACAGAUUCGAAACUUUGAAUCUGUCGUUGAUGGAAAAGAUGCAGAACCGACGAACGGUUGUGGAAUCGACGCCUACGCAAUUGUCAUCGUACGUCGGAGAAAAAGUUUCGCACGCUGAAACUGCUGCGGCGCCUGCGAUAUCACCAUCGGGUGCUAUUCCAACGCCAUCAGCUAGUGGAGGCGGGGUGAAAAAGAAAAAGCCAAAGAAGAGGAAAGGAGGGUGA